UGUUUAAACCGCAUGUGGCAGCUAGGUGGGCUGUAAGCUGCAGCAACAAAUGCUUUGCGUGUCAGGUUUCUUUUGUGAUUUUUGUGUUUUAACUCAUUUUCUUCGCUCUAAAUAUCCUGUCGGGGUUUUAAUUCACAUUUCACAAGUGGUCCCAAGAUGGCGUCGUCUAGUUCUGGUGCUAACAAUAAACCACCUCCAGUUCCACCUCGUCCUGUCGCUUUGCCACGCCCCAGUAUGCUGCAGUCUGAAUCCCAGGAAAGUCAGAGAUCCUCCAGAUGCAGUUAUAUAGUUUUGGUGUAUCUCCUAGUCGUGGUUAUACUACUGCUUGCCUUGGUUCAAUGGGAACUUGUAUCAUACUACAAACCACUGACAGAUCUCUUUUUGGCCAAGUACUGGAUUAGUGUAGCCUGCAUGCUGAUCUCAGCUCCACUUUUGGCCAUAUUCCUGCUUAUACGACAAAUUCGAUAUUUACCAAUUCUUGGCUGGCUAAUGGUAAUUGGUGUUUGUACCUUGGCUGCCUACUGUCAUGCACUCAGCUUCUUGAUUUAUUUCACCAUAACUGCAAUUCUGAUGAUCGUCUUUGUGCUAAUUGGAUCCUUUAUUCCUUGCGACUUAACUGCUAAUGUGGCUAUGUUGUUCAUAUUUACCAUGUACCACGCCCAACUAAUUCGAGGUUGGCGAUAUGCAGAACUAUAUACCACCGAUGGACUCUUUGCCGUGAUCAUCCUUUUCUGCCACUUCUGCAUUAUACUGAUGCUUUUCUGCUUUUUGGACUGGUCACAAGCUGAUGAAGUUGAUGAUAAGGAUUCUCCUGAAUCUGAAACUACUGCAAUGCAAAUAGCUUACAGGGCUCUGUGGCCAUUGGUCUCCUCAGCUGUCACCAAAAAUGAUUUUUUGGGUCAGACCACUCAGGACAUCAGGCGCCUGCUAAGCCCACUCGUCGACAUUAUAAUAACAUCCAUCACUCUGGACCACACACAAAUGACAACAACUGCCAAAAAGUAG